CCAUCAUUUGUGUUUUUCUAUUGAACAAGUGAAAGUUAAGAUGCAGUCUUCAUCUCAACGCCAUUUUCUGUCACUACUAUUUCUCCUUCUCAUUAUUGCACCUUCAUAUUUUUCCUUCCCUCUUGGCCACAACAACCCAGAGGAGCGACCUGUGCUUGAUCAUCAUCAUCAUCAAACGUAUACUGGUCAUAAUAUUUCGAGAAAGACAAGCAGGAGGGAGCUUAUUACAGCCAGGGCUUCAGCUAAGGUUGUUUAUAAUGUGCAUGAUUUUGGAGCUAAAGCAAAUGGAGGAGAUGAUACCAAGGCAUUUAGGAAGGCAUGGAAGAAGGCAUGCUCUAAUUCUAGAGCAAGAACUGUUGAACUCGUGGUCCCUAAGAACAGAAACUAUCACCUCAAACCAAUUACAUUCUCUGGUCCUUGCAAAUCUCAUGUCACCUUUAAGAUCUAUGGAACGAUCAAAGCAUCACCAAUUCGAUCGGAUUACAAAAGGGACAGAAGGCAUUGGAUUACGUUCGAGAAUUUGCAGAACUUCAGAGUUGAAGGUGGUGGAACUGGCAUCAUCAAUGGCAAUGGAAGGAAAUGGUGGGAGAACUCUUGCAAAGUUAACAAGUCCCUUCCUUGCACGAGCGCACCAACUGCUGUGACUUUCUAUGAGUGCAAAAAUUUGGAGGUAGCCAAUCUGAGGUUCCGAAAUGCACAGAAAAUGCAUCUUUCUUUUCAGAAAUGUGUGCUUGUAAAAGUCUUCAAUCUGAUAAUAACAGCACCAGCGAAUAGUCCUAACACCGAUGGAAUCCAUGUCACUGAUACAAAAUACAUUAGCAUAAACAGCUGCCAAAUUAGGACAGGUGACGACUGUAUCUCGAUAGUAAGCGGAUCAAGGAAUGUUCAAGCUAGCGAUAUAACCUGCGGACCAGGUCAUGGAAUAAGUAUUGGAAGCUUAGGAUCUGGGAAUUCAGAAGCUCAGGUUUCAGAUGUGGUAGUAACUAGAGCCAAGCUUAUCGGCACCACUAAUGGACUGAGAAUCAAGACUUGGCAAGGAGGUUCUGGUUAUGCAAAAAACAUCAGAUUCCAAAAUGUUCUAUUGCACAAUGUCACCAAUCCAAUAAUCAUAGACCAACAUUACUGUGAUCAGAAAAAACCAUGCAAAGAUCAGGCUUCGGCAGUAAGAAUAAGCGGAGUGGUAUACCGAAAUGUGAGAGGCACAAGUGCUUCUGAAGUGGCAGUAAAAUUCGAUUGCAGUGAGCGCUUCGGAUGCCGGAAGAUCUUGGUGCAAGACGUGAACAUAGUACCUCUAAAUGAUGAAGGGAUCGCCACAGCUUCAUGUCAGAAUGUUGGAGUAAGUCAUAGAGGGAUAGUUUCACCAAAAUGUUCUUCAACAAAUUAGAGUCUCGAUCUGAUGCGCUUAAUUAGAAUAGCGUUUUAGUGCUGUAAAAAAAAAAAGAUAGAAAAGAAAUAGAAUCCACUGGUUGAUGCAUACAUUUUGAAUAAAACCAGGACUAUUGGAAAUCAGAAAUUUGAACUUAUCAA